UUGUUUCUUGUUGCUCAAUUUAUUAUCUAACCUGGAUCAUUUGAAUUGGUAAGAACUUAUGCGUUUAUUCAUUACAGGGCUCUUCUUAUUGAAAAAUGGCAGACACGAAACCCGGGUUGAGAAAGCCAGCUUUCACUAAGGUUGAUCAACUGCGUCCUGGGACUAGUGGACACAAUGUGACCGUUAAGAUCGUUAGCACCAAGAUGGUGUUACAAAAAGGUGCAGAUGGUCCUCAGGCUCGCCAGAUGCGCAUUUCUGAAUGCAUUGUCGGAGACGAGACCGGAGUUGUGGUCUUCACCGCAAGAAAUGACCAAGUGGACUUAAUGAAAGAAGGAACCACUGUAACUCUACGCAAUGCAAAAAUCGACAUGUAUAAAGGAUCAAUGAGGCUAGCUGUGGACAAGUGGGGUCGCGUUGAAGUCACAGAGCCUGCGAGCUUCAAAGUGAAAGAAGACACCACAAAAGAAGACACCAACAUGUCACUUGUCGAGUAUGAGCUAGUUAAUGCUGUCGAAUGAGUGACAAAAAAAAUACUCGAAAUACCAAUUUGUUUUCCCUCUAGAGAUACUGAUGAUCAGUAAUAAUAAAGGAAGUAAAUCGUAACUGUUGGCGUCAAGAAAGAGUUAACCUGAUAUCUCUAUCUUGCACAAGGCUAUGGAAGAGUUAGAUGCCUCUAUAAAAAUGAAUGCAUAGUUUUUUGGGUUAAGUUGCUUUUGAUUUGUUAAUUAUGACUUUGUUACAGCCUUUGUUUUGCAAUGUCGACAUAAUUGUUACGGC